CCGCCGGAGCCUCAGUUGGCGUUCUCCCACCACGCUGGAAAGGUGCACGUCGGGAGGGCUGGAGAAAAAAAAAAUUUAAAAAACCCCCUAGAAAAAAAGCUAAUCCAUCCCACGCUCCUAUAACCUCGGUGGAUGAUAUACUGUGAAGUGGUGAUAUAACGGUGGCGGCGCGAGUGGUGUAGAGGCUAUAGGGAGAGAGAUAUAGGGGUUUAUAAUGCCCGCCAGUAGCCUGUUCGCAGAGAUGGAGCGGCCGACCCCGACUCCCAGCACGAGCUCUGCCAUGGACGAACAAAGGGCGCUCCAAUUGGCCCUCGAACUGUCGUUAAUUGGAUUAAACAACGACUCGACGGUGGGGCCGAGCGAGCCCGAGCACUACGUGGUGCAGGGGCUGGAGGCCGAGCGCUCGGCCUCGACCAAACGCUCCCAGAACAUGACGGAGUGCGUGGCCGUGCCCUCGUCCGAGCACGUGGCCGAGAUUGUCGGCAGACAAGGUUGCAAGAUCAAAGCUUUACGCGCCAAGACCAACACUUAUAUCAAAACCCCUGUCAGAGGAGAGGAGCCAGUGUUCGUCGUUACUGGUCGCAAAGAAGACGUAGGAAUGGCCAAACGGGAGAUUCUGUCAGCUGCUGAACACUUCAGCCAAAUCCGCGCCUGCCGUAAAAACAACUUGAAUGGGUCAAUGGCGCCCGGGCCACCAACCAAUGUGCCUGGUCAGGUUACCAUACAGGUGCGCGUCCCAUACCGCGUGGUGGGUCUGGUGGUCGGGCCCAAGGGAGCUACCAUAAAGCGCAUCCAACAGCAAACGCACACCUAUAUCGUCACGCCUUCAAGGGACAAGGAGCCGGUGUUUGAAGUGACAGGGUUGCCAGAGUCUGUGGAGCAGGCAAGGAAGGAGAUCGAGGCACACAUCGCAAUGCGCACGGGAGGUCUGCUGGACCAGGACGAGCCUAACGCUGCUGCUGCUGCGCGCCACCAUGGUGACUUUCCUCCACCCUCGCAUGGCCUCGACAACCUCUUCAGCCCUGCCUCCUCGGAGCUGGUCUCGUCGCUCUACAAGCUCAACAACUCCUCGCUCAAUGGUCUUGCCUCAAUCAACGGUAUUACCAGUGGAACGGGCCUUAAUGGUCUCACCAAUGGCCUUUCCAGUGGGUCCAGCCUAAACGGGAUGAACGGAUUGAAUGGUCUCAGUGGAAGUGGGUUGAAUAAUUCUCUGAAUGGCAUGAAUGGGUUGAACACUCUGAACAGUUUGAACACAUUGAAUCAGCUCAAUGACUUGAACUCUGCUUUCACACUGUUGGGAGAUGCUGGGUCAUCUCUCCUUGGGUCAUCUAAUAAGGGGGGGAGUGGCCUGGAAUCCUCUCUCUUCUCUACCUUCACCAGUGGUGUUGGGAGUGGUAAGCUGAACAGUGACGGCAGUGGGACUGGCGGCCUGGGUCUGUACAGCGUGGACGAAGGACUGGGGUCCCUAGGAUCCUCCAUGGGUUCUUCCCCAUCAUUUGACCCAGCUCCUCCCAGCAUUUGGGGUGAGCUUGGACGCCCUUUAGGCAACAACAUGAGUUCCACAGUCAGCUCCAGUUCCUCUCUCAGUUCUACCUUCUCCUCCUUGUCCUCCACUUUAUCAUCGUCGCUGACACGCCGGUCGUCGUCAGUAUCGGGAGCCUCGCCGCCAUCUUCCAGGCUCUCCCCCUCGCUAGAGGCUCACCCCCCUGCAAGGCGAAUCAGUUCAGAUCCAGCACCAGGGCUUGGGGCUGCACCAUCACUUGCGUCGCUCAAUUCUGCACUAACCGGAGGCUUGGGUGGAUUACCCACGUCCUCACCCUCGUCGUCCUCACCAGCCUCCACCCCAGAUCUCAGCCAGCAGUUGAAUGCCUUCCAGUCUGUCCAGGGGCUGUCCGUCUCAGGGAUGAGCCAGCUAGGGCAUGGCAUCGACGAGAAGAAGCGUUGCGUCACAUGCUGUGAAUCUGAGGUGGUAGCAGCGCUCGUGCCCUGUGGCCACAACUUAUUCUGCCUGGAUUGUGCCAACAAAUUGGUGUCAGAGGCCGCCGAAUGCCCAAUCUGCCGAAUGAAGGUCACUCAGGCCAUUCGCAUCUUCUCCUAACGCGCCACUUGGUCAACUACGCGUGCAAGAGGCCAUCGCGGCGCUGAUGGGCACCUCAGACCCCUCUACCCCACCACCAGCUUAUAGAGUAUAAUAGUCUGUAUAGCAUAUAUCUCCAGAAUGAAGAGUAUUAUCUUUAAAAUUAAUAAUAAAUUUUUUUAUUCAAGUAGUGUGAAGAUAUUUUUAUUUCAGUUUCUCUGAAUGCAAGGCAUUUUUUAUUGGUAUGACUCGGGUGACAGUGUGGCCCCGGGCUUGAUGUGGCUCAUGUCUGGUGGCCGAGCCGUCGGUGCUGGUGGCGCAAGUCCUUCAAGUCAGAGUGGAGAACAGCUGUCGCUAGGCUGUGAUAGGCAGGCCAGCGUUGUGCUCGAUGCAGCCGCUGCCUGCCAACAACUGCCAGGGAGGGUUACGCUCCCUCUCCGAUCUCCCAUUGUUUCCUGGGUACUCAGGACGGCUCGGGCUGGCCUGGGUGGAUUGGGCAUCACCGGAGCGGUGCUAGACACUCCUCACCCGCUCACCCAGAUCUGAACACUCCGCCCGCACGUGUCCCUGCUCGCCCCGUCCAGCCCACCUGCCGCCUCACAACGAAUGCUACAUAUCCUCCUCUUCAGCUGUCAUGCGAGCGUGACAGCUGCCCACCAACCAGCCCGCCUCCCGCACGCCGGGCCGCCCACGAGACACUCGGGCGGGGUGCGGGUGGCCAGGUGGCCAGUGGGUAGUUGGGGAAGGCACCAGGACCAGGGAACACCUUAUGUCAACAGCAGAUAGACAUGCUGGGACCAGCACAAAGCUGUCCCACACCCACCCGAACGAUCGACUCGUGCCUUGAUCCCACCUGCUAUCCCUACCCAAUCCCUGACACCCUACAACCUCACCCUACCUAUACCUGCCGUCACAUGAAGUAUAUCUGCAGCUUAAUGCCUCAUCAUCCUUCACCCAUGAACCUUGCCUCUGAAGAACAUCCAACCAUGCCCACUGAGCCACCGACCACAGAGUUGACCUGCUUGUGCAUUCAUGUAAUGGAAGCAAUACAGUGAUAUUACCUUAGUCAUAGUGCUUUAUCUAAGUUCUUGCUCAUUAUUGAUAUAUAAAUGAAAAUAAAAAACUAUGAGAUGUGAAAACUUUAUUUUGUAUAGAGAUGAAAAAAUCAGUAUUCUAGACCAAUCUUUAAUUUCCAAUAUAUUUAAUUAUCAAUGCCUUUUUGUGAUAAUGUUUGUUUUUGUCUGACUUGAAGGACUGAAAAGCGCCGUGCACAUUUUAUAGAACCUUUUUUGUACAAGUGGUAUAUAUAUACGAGGCGUGGCAGUUGAGGCGGCCAUGGGGUGGCGGUGAUAAGGGGUAAAGGACACUAGAGAGCAAGAGUACGAGAACUUGUGUUUCCCACAACACACUCGUAUUUGGUGCUUUUCUCUUCCCUAUCCUGUUGAACACCACCGCUCCCCGUGGCCCCCUCUACCCUUCCUGGCCUCGUGGGAUAUUAUAUGCUAACCUCCUGUCCCCUCUCCCCUAAACCAGAUAGCGAUAUGGUGUCCAUGUGUGAUUGUAAGCAGGGGCGUUAGGGAAGGCCGGCCCAAGACCAUAUAUAAAUAUAUAGAUAUAUAUAUAGAGAGAAGCCUGAUAAACCAAUUAUUGAUGAGGAUGGCUGGGAGUUUCGCAGGCUUUGCGUCUGUCUCGCUGCCUCUUGUUGACUAUGCUCUCGACACAAAGAUUGGAUAAUCUUUGUGGGUCUUCUUGGAGACUCAAGGGGAUAAAAUAUUUAGUUUUUAAGGUAAUAUAUUUUUGUCCUAAGAUUUAUAUUUUUUCUUUUCUUUUUAAUGAAAGUUUACAGUUGAGUGUUUUAGUUCCUUUGAUAUAUUUUUUCUACCUAUCCUAAAUAUAAAAUGUAUGUAAUUUAAAUGUACCCUUUUGUGCAUGUACCCUGACUUGAGGGUAUGAGAGAGAUGUUCAGUGAUAGGAUAGAUAAUGUCUUGGGCCUCCCUCGCCACGCUUACUGUAUAAUGUUCCCCUCACGCUGUACCAGGCAUAAUCCGUGCAUCCUCACUACUGUAUCACUCAUGCCAAAAGAAUUAAAUUAAUGCAGAUUAGAUUGUACAUUUGUGAAUGUGCUGGACAUACUACAAGGGAGCACGGAGGCAUGCGUUGAUGGUACAUAGGUGCAAAUUUGUCACAUUUUGUUCACUAGGGAGAGAAGAUUUUAUGAUUAACAAUGUAUAUCUUGCUGCCCUAUGUAGCUACUACUGCCGGUUGAUAAUCUGCGACAGACAUUACUUGGAGCGGGAGAGUAACAUUACCGACUAAUAGUUUAAAAAGUGUUAUUAUACCCUUUCGAUUCUCACCCAAACUGUUUAUAUUCGUUUUAUAUCAGUGUCUGCUUGGGAUAGUAUGGAUCUUUUAAUGUCGCCACCUUAACAAUGCCGAGGCUUUACGGCUGCUCCGUCACUUUUUGUCAGCCGGAGCAGCUUGUGGGCUCAAAAUUGUCGCAAGUGUGUCGCAUUGAAACCAGAGUUUGCCGAGAUUAGAGCUGAGGGCUCUCUCUUAACUCCUCCCACAACCUUCCCUGGAGAGCCUUUUGUGUGAAGGCUUUCCUGCUUACCAACUGAUCAACCCACCCACAUCCAUCCUCUUGAUGUAUGCCUCACGGACGUACAGUGUGUGGAGGAGCCGAGAGAGCCCUGGUCUCUUGCUCCCAAAUAACCUAUAAUGAUUAUAGAGAUAUACCCGCCCCCCCUCGUAUCUUACCAUAGAGCACAACUUGAUCGCUAUUUACAAAAGAUGAAAGUUUAAGUAGUUUUUCAUAUAUCUAUUUUAAUAUAUAUGAUUUAUUAGAGGAAAAUUUAUCGUGUACUUUGUUUGUGUAGCCUAGAUUGAGUGAUCUAAGAAAUUAUUUUUAUUACUUUAUUUCUAUACAAUUUCUGAGGACAUCAGAAUCGAGUAGUUUAGGUGUCCUAAUCUCUAUAUUGUAUGUACGUGAUGUAGAGGAGAAAAAAGAAAGCAUUAUUUUUCAUUCAUUUUAUAAAGAGCUGAAAAAAAACCACAUCGCCUUUGUGUUUGCUGUCGUGAUGUGUACGAUUCACUAUUGCAAAGCACCAGGUUUCGCUCGUGUCAACAGGUGCGCGUUCUGUGGUAAAGCAGCAAGAAUAUGCCCCCUGUUGGCGGCGGCGAAAGUUGAUGUUUUGCGCCGGGGAUCUCUUCUUCAGCUCGAGGCGUUAAAUGACGCUGAGCCAUAAAGUACGCAAGCCCCUAUAUAAUGGUCAAACAUCCCUCGCUGGCAUGAGGCACCAUGGACUUUUAUGAGUUGAAAACUGUAGUGAGAAUCAAGUAUAAAAGUAGUGAUGCAUUGCCUUGUGGCUUAGCACCUUUUUCGCCCCGACCUGCAUGCUUGUCGCCCCAUAGUUGUGGGAGGCAGAGUCCAGGUCCCGCAGUGUUGUAGUGGCGGCAGGCGGAGAGGACACAAAGUGCGGGUUUGCUCCCACCAGUUGGGCAAGGCUCAUCGCACUCCACACUCACCACCAGUAUAGGUGGUAUGUAGGCUGGGGAAGGAAUUAUUCUCAAUUUUGUUUAAGCCUAUGGUGGAAGCCUCACGUCGGCAUGUCCUCCCCGCCCUGCCUAUAACCCCAGCCUCCACAGGUCCACCUCGAGGCCUAUCUCUCCACGCUACCUCAUCCUCACCAGGUCGAAUCUUGUCAUUUACCACCCACCAAUCAGAAUUGCCAACUCUACCUGACAGUUCGUGCCAGCCAAUCAAAGCUCUUAGAGGGUUGCGUGUGGGAAUCAGAGGUUGGCCUUGAGGUUACCCAUGGUUGAGUUCGGGCGGUUCUCCUUGAUUCAGAACUCGAUGGAAAUGAUUCGUCAGCAGCUGCUUCGUUCCAUGGGUCUUCCAGUACAGCGUUGAACAACUGUCGUCAGUGUCAUAAGUUAGUUCACAAUACCUAUGCACUCUAAUCCGUAAUGAGUUUAUUUUUUGUACUUUUCUACAACGCCGUAUAUAUUGUAUGGUAAUUUUUCAUAAAAUCGUAGUGUAUACUUAGGAUGAUAAAAGAAAAUUAUAAAAAAUACCAAAAAGAUUCUAUGCUUCUUCAUCAAGGCUUCCCCCGCAUUCAACGGUGUUUACAGGGGAGUUUAUAAGGGUGUAAGCCACACACCUAUCAUAAGGGCGAACCUCCCGUCACACACACGACGAAAAAUCGCCUAUAUGACAGGUAGUGGGUUACGUUCGGGCACAACUUAUCGCAAUAAUUGAUCAAUGAUUGCUAGACUAUUUUGAAAGAGAUUUUUUGUCACUUAUGCAAAAAAAAAAAAAAAAAAUAACCUGAAAGUCAGUUUUUUGUCAGCCAGUCCGCU